AUGGAGGUCAACCAUGAGGAGAUCCGGGUUGAUGAGCCCGUGUUCUUUCUCUUCGGAGACCAGUCUGUCGAUUUGUAUCCAUUCCUGGCCCAGUUCUUCCGCCAGGAAAGGCACGGCGAGUUGGCAAAGGCCUUUUUGCGACAGGCAUGCCACGCCCUGCAACGCCAGAUUGAGAAGUUGCCCGCCGACGGGCGAAGAAGGCUGCCAUCGUUCUUGACGAUACAGCAGCUCAACGAGAGAUACCACAGCUCAGCCUUCAAACAUUCAGCCGUUGACGCGGCUUUGUUGACAAUAUCCCAGAUCGCCCAUUAUCUCGACCAUGCUGAGAAGAACUGCGACGAUAUUCCUAAGCCUCACAAUGCCCUUCUCGUGGGUCUCUGCACAGGUCUCUGGGCGGCAUCGGCCAUCUCAAUCACACCAUCUUUGCCGGACCUCGUACAUAUCGGUGUCCAGGCGGUGCUCUUGUCGUUCAAAACCGGCGCAUACGUUGAGUCGAUGGCACAGCGAAUGAGCCCAACAUCCGACCGGUCAGAAAGCUGGUCUCGCAUCGUCCCAGGUUGGAAUGUAGAGGAGGCAACUGCCAAGCUGGACGCCUUCCACAAUGAAGCCGCCAUACCGCCACACAGUCGCGCAUAUCUCAGUGCUGUAUCCAUCAAUUCCGUCGCAAUAUCCGGACCACCAAGGACAAUUGAGGCCCUGAUCACCAAGGGGGUUCUGCCAACGAAGCUGAUCACGAUCCCCGUCCAUGGCCCUUACCAUGCGCCUCAUAUUCAUUCAGGCAUCGAUCUCAAGGCAAUGCUGGGCCUGGACGACCGAGAGGUGGAAGACGCUCUUUACAAGACACGGCCGCGGUCGCCUGUCUUGUCUUGCGGAACUGGCGAGUGGUUCUCAGCCACGGACACGAAAUCACUCUUCACAUCCGUCGCCUCCGCUCUGUUGAACGAGACAUUGAUGUUCCACAAGGUGCUUGAUGGCUGCCUCGAGCGCAGCCACCAGUUUCCAAGCAAAAAGUGCCUCAUUCUCCCACUCGGCCCGACCCAGAAUGCGGCCACGCUCCAGAACCUUCUCAAGGCCAAGUCGGAAUUGGACCUUGUUCUCCACAUGCCGCCUCCGGUCGCACCAGAGAACGCAACACCUCAUGUCGGGAACAGCGGUUCAACCGGAAAGCCCAAGCUCGCCAUUGUCGGCAUGGCCGGGCGGUUUCCAGACGCCGAAAGCCACCAGAAGCUCUGGGAGCUGCUGGAGAAGGGCCUUGACGUCCAUCGUCUGGUUCCUGCCGAUCGCUUCGACGUCAAGACGCACUAUGAUCCGACCGGCAAGCGCAUCAACACCAGCCACACUCCAUACGGUUGUUGGAUUAAGAACCCUGGCAUGUUCGACCCCCGCUUUUUCAACAUGUCGCCACGUGAGGCCUUCCAGACAGAUCCCAUGCAGCGGAUGGCCCUGACCACCGCGUAUGAGGCUCUGGAGAUGUCCGGCUACGUCCCAAACAGGACGCCGUCCACGAAGCUGGAUCGGAUCGGUACCUUCUAUGGCCAGACCUCGGACGAUUGGCGAGAAAUCAACGCGGCACAGGAGGUCGACACGUACUUCAUCACGGGAGGCGUGCGCGCCUUUGGUCCCGGCCGCAUCAACUACCACUUUGGCUUCAGCGGGCCGAGUCUCAACAUCGACACCGCUUGCUCCUCGAGCGCUGCAGCCAUGCAGGUCGCUUGCACGGCGCUCUGGGCGCGAGACUGCGACACGGCUGUCGUUGGCGGGCUGUCGUGCAUGACGAACCCGGACAUCUUCUCUGGGCUCAGCAGAGGCCAAUUCCUGUCCAAAAGGGGCCCAUGCGCCACUUUCGAUAACGAGGCCGACGGUUACUGCCGUGGCGACGGCUGUGCGUCGGUCAUCGUCAAACGUCUAGAUGAUGCCUUGGCCGAAAACGACCGGAUUCUCGCCGUCAUCCUGGGCACUGCGACCAAUCACUCGGCUGACGCCAUCUCGAUCACGCAUCCCCACGGCCCGACGCAAUCCGCCUUGUCGACGGCCAUUCUUGACGAGGCGGGCGUCGACCCCUUGGAUGUCGACUAUGUUGAGAUGCACGGUACAGGUACCCAGGCCGGAGAUGGCACAGAAAUGGUGUCGGUGACGAAUGUCUUUGCCCCGCGAGAGCGGAAGAGGCCUACUGACAGGCCGCUCUAUCUGGGUGCGGUCAAGGCGAACGUCGGACAUGGCGAGGCUGCAUCCGGAAUCACAGCCCUGAUCAAGGUGCUGCUGAUGCUCGAAAAGAAUAUAAUUCCGCCCCACUGCGGUAUCAAGCCAGGGUCCGUCAUGAAUAAGACCUUUCCCAAGGAUCUCUCGGAACGGAACGUCAACAUUGCCUUCCACAAGACUCCGUUUACAAGAAAGGAUGGCAAGCCGAGACGAGUUUUUAUCAACAACUUCAGCGCGGCAGGCGGCAACACCGGCCUCCUGCUUGAGGACGCACCGAAACGCCUCCCUGCAAACGCGGAUCCUCGCAGCCACCACAUUAUCACUGUGACGGCCAAAUCCAAGGCGGCCAUGAUCCGAAAUGCCGAGCGCCUUGUCGCUUGGAUCGACGAGCAUCCCACCGCGGAGCUGUCGCACCUUGCAUACAGCACCACGGCAAGAAAGAUGCAGCACUACUGGCGGAUGAAUGCGUGUGGUGCCGAUCUCCAAGACGUCAAGACGGCCAUCGCAAUACGCCUCAAGGAGAACUUUGUCCCCGUCCCGCCUGAGCAGCCCAAGAUCGCCUUGAUGUUCACGGGUCAAGGUUCGCAUUACCCCGGGCUGGGCAAGGAGCUCUACCAGCACUACUCGGUGUUCCGCGAGAGCAUCGACAACUUUGACCGCCUGGCUCGCCUGCAGGGCUUCCCGUCGUUCAUGCCGCUCAUCGAUGGCAGCGACGAGAACGUGACCGAAAUGUCGCCAACUGUGCUGCAGCUCGGCCUGGCAUGUUUCGAGAUGGCACUUGCCCGGUUGUGGGCGUCGUGGGGAAUCAAACCUGCCGCCGUGGUGGGCCACAGCUUGGGAGAGUAUGCGGCUCUCGAGGCUGCCGGUGUGCUCUCGGCCAUGGAUGUCAUCUAUCUCGUGGGCUCUCGCGCCCAGAUGCUCCUCGAGAGGUGCACACCCGGCAGCCACGCCAUGCUCGCCGUCCAGGGCUCAGAGUCCGCAGUGCUUGAUGCACUGGGUGACAGGGCUGGGGGCCUUGAUGUUGCCUGCAUCAAUGGGCCUCGCGAAACCGUUCUGAGCGGUGAGACCACACUCGUGGCGGGCGCACGGGACUUCCUCGCCGAUGCCGGCUUCAAGUGCACACUCCUGAAGGUGUCCUUUGCUUUCCACUCCCCCCAGGUGGACGCCAUUGCGGACGAUUUUGAGAACAUUGCCCAAGGGGUCCUCUUCAACCGCCCCAGAGUACCCGUCAUCUCGCCUGUGCAUGGCAGGGUGCUCAAAAGUGACGAGAUCAACGCGGCAUACCUCCGCAAGCACGCGCGUGAAGCGGUCAACUUCCUUGCGGCGCUCGUUUCGGCCCAGCAGUCGGGCACUAUUGAUGACAAGACGGUCUGGCUCGAGAUUGGUCCCCACCCCGUCUGCGCGAAUAUGGUCAAGGCUACCUUUGGUGCCGCCACGGUCGCAGUCCCUACCUUGCGCCGCAACGAGCUGUGCUACAAGACACUGUCCAACAGCCUCGGCACCCUGCAUUCUGCAGGCCUGAACAUCGACUUUAACGAGUACCACCGCGACUUCAUUGACUCGGUGCGUCUGCUGGAUCUGCCCAGCUACUCUUUCGAUGACAAGAAUUACUGGCUUCAGUACACGGGCGACUGGUGCCUCACCAAGAACCGAAUCGCCGCCGCGGCAGCGGGAACAAAGGCUGAUGAACCACCCAAGCUGUCCACGACGACUGUGCAGCGGAUCAUCCGAGAGGAAGUCAAGGGCGACGUGGCCAUCGUUGAGAUCGCGUCCGAUCUCUGCCAAGAUCAGCUCCGAAAUGUUGUCUCCGGCCACAUGGUCAACGGCGCUCCUCUGUGCCCCUCGUCCCUGUACGGCGACAUGGCCAUGACGGUAUGCGACUAUGCCUACAAGCUCCUGCGGCCCGAGGCGCAGAAGAUUGGCUGCAACGUCGCUCACAUGGAGGUCCCCAAGACGCUCAUCUUCGACGAUAAGGCCACAAGCCAGAUUUUGCGCUUGACAGUAACCGCCAAUGCCGAGCUUGGCCAGGCCGACCUUGUGUUCCAUACGGGUGAAGGCGACAAGAGGACGGAACACGCCCACUGCAAGGUCAUCUACGGCAAUGUCAACGACUGGCAGCACGAGUUUGACCGCGUGCAGUAUCUGAUCAAGUCACGGAUCGAUGCUCUCAUGGAGGGCGAGAAGCGAGGCAUCGCGUCCAAGAUUGGCCGCGGCCUGGCCUACAAACUCUUCUCUGCCCUGGUCGACUACGCCCCGCGUUAUCGGGGCAUGGAGGAGGUCAUCCUUGACAGCGCCACGUGCGAGGCGACGGCCAAGAUUCGUUACCAGACAACGGAACAGGACGGCACUUUCUACUUCAGCCCAUACCACAUCGACAGUUCCUGCCACAUUUCCGGCUUCGUCAUCAACGGCACCGAUGCCGUGGACUCACGCGAGCACGUCUUCAUCUCGCACGGCUGGGGCUCGAUGAGGUUCACCGAGAUUCCGGAUCCCACCAAGGAGUAUCGCAGUUACAUCCGCAUGCAGCCGAUUAAGGGAAGCAAGAUGAUGGCGGGCGACGUCUACGUGUUUGAUGGCGACAAGAUCAUUGGUGUGACGGGCGAUCUCAAGUUCCAGUGCAUCCCGCGCAAGGUGCUGAACCUUAUGCUUCCGCCCCGAGGCGCCUCAGCGCCGGCCAGCACCCCCCGGCUGGCGCCUGCCUCCUCGACCACGGCCACGGCGGCAACGAAGACGUCGGCGCCCAAGAAGAAGAAGGAGACUGUGACCCCGUCCAACAUUUCCAAGGUGAACCAGAGGCUGCAGACGGUCAUCGCUGCGGUCAUGGACAUCCUUGCCAAGGAGAUCGGCUGCGGGCAAGACGAGCUCGCAGACAACAUCGCCUUCACGGAUCUCGGUGUCGAUUCACUGAUGUCGUUGACUGUCAGUGGCAAGAUUCGCGAGGAGUUGGAACUGAACAUCCACUCCAGCGCCUUUGUCGACCAUCCUACCAUCGGGAGCUUCAAGGCGUAUCUGGCUCAAUAUGAAAAGCCGGAUCGCCUCGGCAGUGAGCCGUCGCAGGAGUCGGACCCAUCUUCGUCCGAUGAUGAGUCUCCCGAGAUGGGGUCCGACUCGAUCGUGACGACGCCGCCUGAUGAUAGCGACACCCAGUCGGCCAAGGAUGGCGGGUCCGACGACGCCAGCCAGGAGCUCCGCGAGGCCAUCCGGAGUACCAUCGCCAGUGAGAUGGGUGUCGACGUGGACGAGGUUCUUGCGGCGCCCGACCUUGCGAAUCUCGGCAUGGACUCCCUCAUGAGUCUGUCCAUCCUCGGCCUGCUCCGGGAGAAGACGGGUCUGACGAUUCCCGCGGACCUCUUUGUCGCCAACCCAUCUCUCAGGGAUGUGGAGCGGGCCCUGGGUAUUAACCCCGCUCCCAAGAAGGAGAGCAACCAGAAGCCACAGCCCAAAGAGGAGCAACCCACAGCACCGCCCAAAAAGCAGCAUCCUCGGAUCGGCCCAGACGUCCCGUGCCCUCCCAAGCCGCCGAGGCCGACCCACAUUGUUGACGACUAUCCCGACCGCAAGGCCAGUUCGGUUCUCAUGUUUGGCAAUCAGAAAACCGCAACCAAACAGCUGUUCAUGAUACCGGACGGAAGCGGCUCUGCCACGUCGUAUCAGGAGAUUGCCAGUGUGGGCGGCAACUGGGCUGUCUAUGGCCUCUUUUCUCCCUUUCUGAGGACGCCCCACGAAUACAAUUGCGGCGUGUACGGAAUGGCGACCAAGUUCAUCGAAGAGAUCAAGCGCCGUCAGCCCCAUGGUCCGUACUCGCUUGCCGGGUGGAGCGCCGGAGGCAUCAUUGCGUACGAGAUUGCCAACCAGCUCAUUAAGGCCGGCGAAGAGGUGGAGAACCUCAUCCUCAUUGACGCGCCAUCACCCAUCACCAUCGAGCCGCUCCCCGAGGGCCUGCAUGCGUGGUUCGCGUCGAUCGGCCUGCUCGGCGAGGGGGAUGAUAGGAAGAUCCCGGAGUGGUUACUCCCGCACUUUUCGGCAUCCAUCACGGCGCUCAGCAACUACGAUGCCGAGCGGCUGCCCAAAGACAAGUGCCCCAAGGUGCUGGUCAUCUGGUGCGAGGACGGCGUGUGCAAGCUUCCCACGGACCCGAAGCCGGAGCCGUAUCCCAAGGGCCAUGCGCUCUUCCUCCUCGACAAUCGAUCCGACUUUGGUCCCAACAGGUGGGAUGAGUAUCUAGACAUUGAGAAGAUGGAGUUUAGGCACAUGCCUGGCAAUCAUUUCACCAUGAUGCAUGGCAAGUUGGCCGAGAUACUGGGUGGUUUUAUCAGGGAGGCUCUUACGAAACAGGGGUGA